CGCAUUUCCUGCCUCUCUGGGCCGGGCUGGAUGAGCUGAGCUCCCUGCCCUGACAGUCAGACCCCUGCCUUCAUCUGUGUCCCGUCCCCAGGCCAGGACCGCCGACAGCUGCUGCCCGAAAGAGCCCAGUGACUCUUUCCCACCACCCAGUCAGCUAGAGACUCCUGCCCUGCUGUGAGUCUCGAGCCCACUUCUCCUGACUUCUCCGCCGCCACCUCAGAAGGCUGGAGCAGGGACGUGGUCGCUCCGGCCGCCUGCUCCCUUCGGAUCCCCGCGCGAACCCACGCAGGCCCCGGCGCCCGCCCGCAGCCUUACCUCUGGAUACCGGAUAAGGCCCAGCGCACAGACUCCCGGGUGGACAGCAUGGACCGUGGCGUGCUCCCUCUGCCCAUUACCCUGCUGUUUGUCAUCUAUAGCUUUGUACCCACAACAGGUCUCGCAGAAAGAGUCGGCUGUGAUCUACAGCCUGUGGACCCCACAAGGGGUGAGGUGACGUUUACCACCAGCCAGGUCUCCGAGGGCUGUGUAGCUCAGGCUGCCAAUGCUGUGCGUGAAGUCCACGUUCUCUUCCUGGAUUUUCCCGGAAUGCUGUCACAUCUGGAGCUGACUCUUCAGGCAUCCAAGCAAAAUGGCACGGAGACCCAGGAGGUGUUCCUGGUCCUCGUUUCGAACAAAAAUGUCUUCGUGAAGUUCCAGGCCCCGGAAAUCCCAUUGCACUUGGCCUACGACUCCAGCCUGGUCAUCUUCCAAGGACAGCCAAGAGUCAACAUCACAGUGCUACCAUCCCUUACCUCCAGGAAACAGAUCCUCGACUGGGCAGCCACCAAGGGCGCCAUCACCUCGAUAGCAGCACUGGAUGACCCCCAAAGCAUCGUCCUCCAGUUGGGCCAAGACCCAAAGGCACCAUUCUUGUGCUUGCCAGAAGCUCACAAGGACAUGGGCGCCACACUUGAAUGGCAACCACGAGCCCAGACCCCAGUCCAAAGCUGUCGCUUGGAAGGUGUGUCUGGCCACAAGGAGGCCUACAUCCUGAGGAUCCUGCCAGGUUCUGAGGCCGGGCCCCGGACGGUGACCGUAAUGAUGGAACUGAGUUGCACAUCUGGGGACGCCAUUCUCAUCCUGCAUGGUCCUCCAUAUGUCUCCUGGUUCAUCGACAUCAACCACAGCAUGCAGAUCUUGACCACAGGUGAAUACUCCGUCAAGAUCUUUCCAGGAAGCAAGGUCAAAGGCGUGGAGCUCCCAGACACACCCCAAGGCCUGAUAGCGGAGGCCCGCAAGCUCAAUGCCAGCAUUGUCACCUCCUUUGUAGAGCUCCCUCUGGUCAGCAAUGUCUCCCUGAGGGCCUCCAGCUGCGGUGGUGUGUUCCAGACCACCCCUGCACCCGUUGUGACCACACCUCCCAAGGACACAUGCAGCCCCGUGCUACUCAUGUCCCUGAUCCAGCCAAAGUGUGGCAAUCAGGUCAUGACUCUGGCACUCAAUAAAAAACACGUGCAGACUCUCCAGUGCACCAUCACAGGCCUGACUUUCUGGGACUCCAGCUGCCAGGCUGAAGACACUGACGACCAUCUUGUCCUGAGUAGCGCCUACUCCAGCUGCGGCAUGAAAGUGACAGCCCAUGUGGUCAGCAAUGAGGUGAUCAUCAGUUUCCCGUCAGGCUCACCACCACUUCGGAAAAAGGUACAGUGCAUCGACAUGGACAGCCUCUCCUUCCAGCUGGGCCUCUACCUCAGCCCGCACUUCCUCCAGGCAUCCAACACCAUCGAACUAGGCCAGCAGGCCUUCGUACAGGUGAGCGUGUCUCCAUUGACCUCUGAGGUCACAGUCCAGCUAGAUAGCUGCCAUCUGGACUUGGGGCCCGAAGGGGACAUGGUGGAACUCAUCCAGAGCCGAACAGCCAAGGGCAGCUGUGUGACCUUGCUGUCUCCAAGCCCUGAAGGUGACCCACGCUUCAGCUUCCUCCUCCGGGUCUACAUGGUGCCCACACCCACCGCUGGCACCCUCAGUUGCAACUUAGCUCUGCGCCCUAGCACCUUGUCCCAGGAAGUCUACAAGACAGUCUCCAUGCGCCUGAACAUCGUCAGCCCUGACCUGUCUGGUAAAGGCCUUGUCCUGCCCUCUGUACUGGGUAUCACCUUUGGUGCCUUCCUGAUUGGGGCCCUGCUCACAGCUGCACUCUGGUACAUCUAUUCUCACACACGUGAGUAUCCCAAGCCUCCACCCCAUUCCCACAGCAAGCGCUCAGGGCCCGUCCACACCACCCCGGGGCACACCCAGUGGAGCCUCUGAAGAAGCGGGGAGUCCUGGCUGGGGCCCUGACCUUCACCCACGCCCCUCAGGUGGCCCCAGCAAGCGGGAGCCCGUGGUGGCAGUGGCUGCCCCGGCCUCCUCUGAGAGCAGCAGUACCAACCACAGCAUCGGGAGCACCCAGAGCACCCCCUGCUCCACCAGCAGCAUGGCGUAGUGCCCAGCCUGGAGCCUCGGGGAGCCCCCCAGCCAGCCCUUGCCCUGCAGGAGAGACCGAGCAGCCACAAGCUGGAAACCACCGGCCAUGAACUUGUCCCAGGAACCAAACACCUCCCCUGCACCUGUUCAUUCCUCCCAGUGGAGACUUCAGAUUGGAAUACCUUGGGAUCUCCUCACCCCACUUUACAGAACUGCCCAAUCCAGGGGCUCUGGGAUAUGGCUGCCCGGGAUUACAGAAAGACACGGCACUGCCGUGCACACCCAUGCUGCUUAGAAGCCUAAGCCUCUGCCUUCAAGCUGGAUCCUGUGCAGGGUGGGCAGGCAAGAACUCAGACAUGCCCAGCCUAGCCCAGGGCGGCCUGCAUCUGGCCCCAGAAGCCUCCUCACCUGGACUGGCACAACUUCGGUUGGGGAAACAGAAGCUGAGGGAGCUUAGAUGGGGUGGGGGAUCCAAGCCCCUCCCAGCCCACCCAUUGGCCAGGCAGCAGGGGGGAGUGGCCAGGCGGCUGGUUGUGGGCCAAGUCCUGCAUAUUCACUAAUAAAUCAGACAUGAAACCAGUGCCCCUCUGGGUUGUAUGGGAGAAGAGGAAGAUGGGCAAUUAUGUCACAGAACAAGGGUGCACACCCCUUUGGUCGGCAUGGUAGCAGACAGCCAGAGCCCAUGUGUGGAGGAAGUCAGUUCUCUCUGCUGCUUGCUCAUUUGGUAGCCCAACCUUGGGUCAGAGGGGACAGAAACCAAACACUAAAAAGCCCUGUCUACAGUCUCUGGGACACAGCUACCCCUAUAAAGUUCUGGGUUCUAAUCCUGUACAUGACUCUUGUGGGCAAUGAGCCUGUGGACAGCUCCAAAGUCAGCCACCCUCCCUCAUCUGUAAGAUGGGCGUCCAACUUGAAUGCAUUGUCACCAAGGAGGCUUGCGAUGCAGUGCCUUGGUGUGUGACACACAGUGUGCCAGUCUUUCAUGACAUGAGAGGACUAAUCCUAGGCCAUACUGUGUUAAACUCCAACCCCCAAAUGUCUGAUGAGGGAGCUAGGAGAAUAGGAGUCAAUCAAAAGUUUUGUCAUUUAUUUACAAAAAAUAAAAAAUAAAAGGGUUUAAAAGCUUC